AGAUGGCGGAGAAGCUCGCUGCGCCGGUUUCCCCUCAGCCCGGGCGAUGCGCUUAUUUCGUGGAGCGGAAGAAACGCUUCUGCAAGAUGGUCCCGGCGCGCGGAAGGCGCUUUUGUGGGGAACACGCAGCCCUGGAGGAAGAAAAUGCCAGGAGAAGAAUUCCUUGCCCUCUGGAUUCAAAACACACAGUAUAUGAAGAUCAACUACAAAAACAUUUGAAAAAAUGUAAUUCAAGAGAGAAGCCGAAGCCUGUCUACUUUGCUAAAGAUAUUAAUGCAGGAUUGAAAGGGGCAACCGAAUUGCCUGAGGAAAAGCAGGUUUCAAUUUCUGCCCUCUCUAAAGAAGAGUUAGAGAACUUAAUUAGGAAGCUGAAAAGAGCAAGUAAUGGUAUAAAGUCUGUUCUUAAAGACCAGAUCUGUUCUCAUCAAGCCUUACAGGAAGCCUUAAAUGACCCCAGAAAUGGAGAUGCUGCAUUUAAGCAUUUGAAACAGCAGGCUUCUAUAUUAGGUAACAUGAAAAGAUUAAAUUUGCUUGGACCAAGGAGAUGUUUUAUUGAAUUUGGAGCUGGACGAGGAAAGCUGUCUCACUGGGUUGAUAGAGCCUUACAAGAUGCUAAAGAUGUCCACUUCCUUCUUGUUGAAAGAGCAACUACCAGAUUUAAGGUAGAUGGGAAGCACAGAAAAAACAGCUUUGAAAGACUUCAAGUUGAUAUACAGCACUUGUGCUUAAAUAAAGUACCAGUUCUUGCGGAAGAGAAACCGCCCGUGGUAGGCAUUGGAAAGCAUGUAUGUGGCUCAGCAACAGAUCUUGCUCUGAGAUGUUUGGCUGAAACCUAUGCAAACCUUUGUGAUGAUGACAGAAGAGAAAGUCCAGCAGCCAAACGCUGGAAGAGCAGUGGAACCAACGGAUCUCCUAAUAAUUCUCCCAGUGAAACAUUUAGCAAAUCUUUAGCUGAGAAUUGGAGCCCUGUGGCUGGCAUCAUUAUUGCGCUGUGUUGCCACCAUAGAUGUGACUGGAAGCAUUAUGUGGGUCGAGAGUUUUUUACUACGGCUGGGCUUGGAGUGACAGAAUUCAAUUAUUUUAAAAGAAUGACAAGCUGGGCCACUUGUGGCAUGAAAAAAAGUGGUCCCCAGACCUCUACAAUUAAAACGGAGAGCAAAGAGCAAGGUAGUGAGGCUGAAGAACAUGAACCAGAUGACGGAAUUAUGGAGUGCAAUUCAGAUAGUCUGCAAGGGCUGCUAACCGCCGAGGAACGAAAGCAGAUAGGUCACCUAUGUAAACUGUUAAUUGAUCACGGUCGGAUUGAAUAUUUACAGCAAAGAGGGUAUGAUGCUGUGUUGCAGUACUAUACAGAACCCAGUGUGUCCUUAGAAAAUGUGCUAUUGACAGCAACACCACGUCAGUCUUCAUUACCUCACUUGAUGUCUUAAAAGGAGAGCAGCAUUAUAGAAUGGCUGGACAUGUGUUGUGUGAAAAUUUCUUAGAUUUGAUUAUAUCCUGUAUUGAGCUUAGCAAUCAACAU